GUUCAUUUGCUCUCUAGCAUUAGCAAAGGAAGAACUCGAGCGGCUGAUCAUCAUCACCGUCUCUCUGUCUCUGUCUCUGUCUCUGUCUCUUUCAGUUUUUGUUACGCCAUAACCAUCACUCCCACCACACUCCCUUGAUUAACAAGCCACACUUGCCAACAAACCCAACCCUAACCCUAAUCUCCCCCCACCCCAAAAAAAAGAAAAAACAAUCCUGUUCCAUAGUUGCUGUUAAUCAAAAUUUGGUUCCCUCAAAAAAUGUUCCACUGAUCAAGAAAAAGAGAUUGAGAGAUGUUUGGGGCCGUCCAAUUGGGAGUAUUGGCGGCGUGUGUUGUCCUCUUCGUGCCGAUGGGGAUGGCCGGUUGGCACCUCAGCCGCAACAAAAUGCUCUUCUUCAGCGGAGCCCUCUUCAUCACCCUAGCGGUAGGUGUCCAUCUCACUCCCUACUUCCCUUCAAUUUCCACCUUUGUUUCCUCCGUAGUUGUACUCCAAAACCGUGACUCUUGUGUUUCUUUACUCCAUGACAUUGUAUUCCAUGUCAAACCUCUUGACCAUUUUCAAAAUUUUACCAUUCUUGGGGGUUCUUGGUCCUGGUCAAACUCUGCCCCUGUUGUUUCCUGUGACUUUCAGAAAUUGGGUCGCUCCGAUGCCUCCGAUCUGCUCAAUGGAUCGUGGGUUGUUGUUGCCGGGGACUCCCAGGCUCGCUUGUUUGUAGUUUCUUUGUUGGGUUUGGUUUUUGGCUCUGAAGAGAUGGAUUCGGUCCGGGCUCAGCUUUUCAAGAGGCACAGUGAUUAUCAUAUUGUCGUUGAUCAGAUUGGAAUGAAGUUGGAUUUUGUCUGGGCGCCUUACGUCACCAAUUUAACUCAUUUGAUGAUGGAUUUUAAGCAAGAAAAUAACUACCCGGAUGUUUUGUUGAUGGGGGCAGGGUUGUGGCAUAUGCUACAUGUCACUAAUUCUUCAGAUUAUGGUGUUUCGUUACGGUUAUUGAGGAAUUCAGUGGUCUCGUUUCUCCCAAUUUCUCCGGAAUUUGGAAAUGAUGGGCCUGUGACUGGUUCCGUUUCAAUAAGAUCGCCUCAUAUAUUUUGGAUAGGCAUGCCAGUACUGAUAAGCUCAAUGUUGAAUACUGAGGAGAAGAGGAUGAAGAUGAAUGAUGCAAUGUGGAGUGAUUAUGAUAAAGAGCUUUAUAGAAGUAAGCUCUUGCGCCAAUCUGGUGGCCCUCUUUUGUCAUUGGAUAUUCAGUCUUUGAGUGAGAAAUGUGGAAAACAGUGUACAGUGGAUGGGAUGCAUUAUGAUAGGAUUGUUUAUGAAGCCGCCAUCCAUAUCAUGCUGAAUGCAUUGCUUAUUGAGUCUCAUCAAAAGCUAUGAUGUAAUACUUUUUAAUUUCUUCUUGGAUCUCUGAGGCACCACCUCUUUUGGAGGACAUAAAUGGGCUUCCUAUCAAAGUCAUUGCUUGAGGUUGCUUCAAUCCUGCAUACGUUAAUUUUUUACAAGCAGACAACUGAUUGGUGGGCUUGGUGUAAAAGCUGUUCAAUGCAUCCUGUACUGCUUACUAUUGACAUGCAAAACCUCAAGCCAAACCCAUCAGAUCUUGAGGUUUAUUCUGAAACUUUUCCAACAACUUGAGAUCUUAUUAAAAAAUAAAUAAAUAGAACAUAAGUCAAUAUAAAAUGUCAAAAAAUAUUUAAGAUGGUUAUUGAACUGGUUUGAGGUUGAUUUACUGGAAUCUGUUUUAAGUUGUCUGGUUUAAGGGUUUGACUUAGAUUUCAUGCUUUGUGCAAUGUCUCUGGUCUAUGUAUAAAUAUUUGCAAUUAUUAUAA